GAGGAGAACCCUUCUCAGUCCGGCAUUUCGUCAUCCAUUUUGGUUUUUUCUCUCGUCGAGAUCCAAUCGAUUAUACACUUUUUCCUCCUCCCUCUCUAUUUUUUUUUGGUACGAAGAUUACCGGACUCGUACCGUGUGUAUACGUAUCUAUACAAAUCUUCUACCCCUACAGUGCCCCCCAGUCGGAGUCUAUUGACCCUUUGAGGAUCUUCUCGUUCCAUUCCUCGCAUUCCUCACCGCCCCCCCUGGCACCACCUGAGGUAUCUACCAAAGGGAGAGCGAGAGAGGGCACGAUUAUUAUCGAUAGUAUAUGACACUACCGGUUCACCAUUGUUUGCCCCCUUCCUUCCUCUUGCCGUCAUGAAAGGCACGUCGAGUCUGAGCUUGAAGGCAUGGUCGAAAAUCCACCCCCCACUACCCCGUACCCCCCGGGAAUCUCAACAACUCCUCAAAGCCCUUACGUCUUCCUUCCGUCGUCAGCUCGAUCGGGAAUACCCCCCCUCGGUACCCUCCGAUCGAGAUGCAUCUAAUGAUCGUACACCGGAGAACCCGCACUCGUCUGUGCACGCGACCGAUCGACAUCUCCGGGCCAUCCUGGAAAAUCCGCUGUUCCGGGUAGUACCCUCCAAGUCUGCUGCGGCUCGUAAUGGAAGUGGACCAGCCAGUAGACUACAACAGAGAAUAGCGAAAGAACCAAUGGUGGUUUUUGAUGAAUUGGUUGCCUCAGGUUCGGUAACCCUGCCAACACUACGUGACUGCUUGAGCUCCCAGAUGCUACUGGCAAGCCGUCAUAUCGGAAGCGGCCUCAUACAGGCCAUGAAAGACGCUAGGGCUGGAUCCAAGGUUGUCAGUUGGUGGUUUGCAUCUGAUUCCACGACAAGACAGAUGUUAUUCAAAUCCCGAGCAGCGACCACAACUCUAGUAAAGUUCUUAGUGGCAGAAGGUCGGCAGGGUGUGGUGUUGGAUUGGCUGAGGAUGCUGGCGGACCACGAUAUUGGAGGCCGGAAUGGUCAGUUACCAGAGAAAAUUGCGCAACAGGUGUUUGGCCAUCUACUGGUCAACUUAGUGACCGCCGAAAUCCAGUACGGUCAAGGGUUGGGCUUGGCUAUGCGGUAUUACCUACAGACAUGCAAGUCGCAGAUGCUCAAAGACAACGCGGUUCUGAACCCUUCCUGGCAACCUGUGUUCCUUCCAGCAGGCGUUCACUUAUGGGAGAGCUUGAUGCGGAGUUCACCGUCCAGAUCCAAAGAGCUUGACGGAGCUAUGUACAACGAGUAUAUCGAAGUGCUUUCCAGACUCGCACCGAAAUCGUUUCUGGUAGCUACAGCUCCGCUGUAUCACCCUACACACCCUGAUGCUAAACCAUUCCUCGAUUUUGUGGAUACACUACCUCCUGGCCGGGUGGACUCUUCGACAGGACUGAAACGAGAAAGCUUCAUGCGUGCCGGCUUUGACGCUCUUCGUCUCUUGGUGGACCAAGACAAGCGACGGGAUGUCUUAUACCUGGCACGUUUCUUGCAACAGCAGUUACCCGAAAAAGUGGACUCAGAAAAUACAUCCAAAUCAAAUCACCGCGCUUACACAGAGAGGGAAGAUUUACUAUCACAACUUGACUUGGCAUUGGCUUGAUAUGCGUAACCAUUGCUAUUGACGGCGAAGCGGCAUAUUCUGUAAAGCGGUGGCCGUCUGGCCCCAGGCUUAGGGUGAUAUUUUUCAUUUAUGUGCCUUUCAUCUUGGGUUUAAGAUCUCUACGGGGUAUGCAGGCAACCUAGGUAGUAGGCAAAUGAUUCGUCAAUCUGGAUCUGCAGGUGACAAUCGGGUUUACCAUUAUCCAGGUGGAUGGCGUACCCGAAACACGCUACUAUGAGGA